UUUAUUAUUAUUAUAAUUAUAUAAGAAGACAAAUUGUAUUUUGAUAUUAUUAAUGAGCAACAUGCGUCAAAAGGAUUUACGCCCCGCACCAGCUCUUAUUGAGUUUAAGGGAAUGAAGUUCCUAAUCACUGAUCGGCCAUCAGAUGUUACCAUACAUCAUUAUAUUAUGGAAUUAAAGAAAAACAAUGUGAAUACUGUGGUUCGCGUCUGCGAGCCCAGCUAUAACACAGAAGAAUUGGAAGCACAAGGCAUCACCGUUAAAGAUUUAGCAUUCGAAGAUGGUACUUUCCCGCCGCAGAAUGUUGUUGACGAAUGGUUUGAGAUUUUAAAACAGAAAUAUCAACAGAAUCCCGAAGCUUGUGUUGCUGUGCACUGUGUCGCUGGUCUCGGCCGUGCACCCGUUUUGGUGGCAUUGGCACUCAUUGAGUUGGGUCUGAAAUAUGAGGCAGCUGUUGAAAUGAUAAGGGACAAGCGACGAGGAGCCAUCAAUGCCAAACAGUUAUCAUAUUUGGAACGCUACAAGCCCAAGGCAAGGCUAAAGCACAAAAAUGGCCAUAAAAAUUCAUGUUGCGUGCAAUAGAUUUCCAAAAUAAUAA